CCAACGAUAUUGGCCGCCUAUCCUUUUUGGUAAGAUUAGAUCUAAGUGAAAACAAUUUUUGUAGUAUACCAGCAAGCCUCAUUCAACUCAAAAAACUGAACCGCCUUGAUUUGGAACAUUGCACAAGACUCCGAACAUUGACUUCACUUCCCUCAUCCAUAUGUGAAGUGAAUGCACAUGGUUGCAAAUCAUUAGAACGGUAUUGGAUUCCAUCAAAUUUAGACAGUCCAGAUGAUCGAGAAUUCAUAUUCACUGGGUGCAGCAGAUUGGUUAUGGAUGACAAGAACAACAUGCCAAAUAUAUCAUCACAGAGAACUUGGUGAAAUAUAUUAUCCAGGAAGUGAGAUUCCGCAAUGGUUCAGCCAUAAGAUCGAGGGUGAGGGCUCUUCGAUGUGUUGGCGGGUGGACGAUCUAACUUCUUACAAUAACGUCAAAGGAAUUGCUAUAUGUAUUGCUUUGGAAUCACAUGGAAUUUGCCCAUGGAUUGGAUUCAAUCUCAAAAUCAAUGGAUACUCCAUGAUCGAAUGGCCUGUACAAAAGCGAAUUGAGUCAGAUCAUGUCAUGUUGAUGGUCAAAACAGAAUAUGACAUUUUUUUUGAUGAAGAAUAUCAACAACCAAUUAAAAAUUUGUUUCCCAAUAUUGGUGAUGAUGGCUCUUACAUUGAAGUUUCUGCUCAAUUCGACUAUGGGCUGCAUACUCCCCGCGUCAAACGGCAAUUAAAGGUCAAGAAAUUUGGUAUCCAUUUAAUAAUGGAUGAGCAAGAUGAAGGUUAAUGGUAUCAUCUUAUCAACCAAUUCUAGUUACUCAUCGGGGCCAUGUUCGUGGUCGUGAGGAUGUUGGUCGAUCGUGAACCGAUAGCUCCACUCUAGGUACUCGCUGUGUGAUGCAAUAAGAAUGGCCUUUGGUGGUGGUAAUGGGAACUUUUUAUUGUGUAAAUGCAAGCAGCUCUAUUGAAAAUAAGGAAAAUGUUUUGUUGGUACCAAAGUCUAGUUUUUGGUGUUAUUUACUGUUUCAAUGUGAAUUUGAUCUUGUCAUCAAUUAUAAUUUCAACAUUGGAUUUUAGUUGUUUUAGCCAUGUAAUGGUCCCAUUUUUAUCCCCAAGGAAGACAUGGUUCAAUCAAAAUAUGACACAGAUCGCAGUUCCAACA